AUGCAUAAAUUAAAUUUCAUAACAUCUUUACAGGAAAACUCGUUUAUUAUAGCGAAUCUCAAUGCUAGCGAAAGAAAAUUUAUCAAUCCUUCUACCUCUAUUGAAAUAAAUGAGUCGGAGGAGUCGAGUAUAAUAAUUAAAUUUCGUUCCAUUGAAGCUACG